AUGGAGUCCCCCGCGUACCCAGAAUCGCCGAUGGACCAGGAUGAUAUCCCGUAUCCUUGCAAGGGUUGUGGAGAGAUUCUAGAAGAGGGCAAAGCUUUCGAACUUGCGGGCAAUCGAUGGCACAUUGAAUGUUUUUGCUGCAGCACCUGCGGUACCCUUCUCGAUUCCGACGCACACCUGCUACUCUUGGGGGAUGGUUCGUUGAUCUGCAGCAACUGCACGUACAGCUGCAGUUCGUGUGGGAACAAGAUCGAAGAUCUCGCCAUCUUGACCGGCGAGCAGGCUUUCUGCGCACAAUGCUUUCGAUGCCGGAACUGCAAAAGGAAGAUCGAAAACCUGCGCUAUGCUCGAACCUCGCAGGGUAUAUUUUGUAUGGACUGCCAUGAAUCCCUCAUGCAGCGUCGAAGAAAGAGGAAUCGGAAUGUAGCACCGUCGAGGAAGCAGACGCCGGCGAACAUGAAGCUAGACAAAUCACUCCCUUCCUUGCCCUCGGAGGACCCCGAACCGAUGCCUCGUGGCUCCGACGAGGCAGCUGCCGAUGCGUAUUCAGAUGCAAACCCCGAUACCACGUUGCGAGGAGCUGCGCCUGCGCUGGACGCAGGAAGGGGCAGAAGCGCUUCUGCUACCGGUGCGGCUGCAGAUAAUCAAGACAACCUAAUUCUCCCUUCGAGCACCUACCGAAGCAAUCGACACUCAGUCAUACCUCAACCGGAGGCAGAUGGCGGUGGUGAAUUCUUGAUCCCUGUUGCGUUCGACCCCUCCGAAGAACAGCGGUCUGCGCGCGGACAGUUACCUGCCACAACGUACGGAAAAUCGCCUCAUGGGUCGGAAAGCUCAUCUCCGCAUAUUGCGUACCAGGAAAAGGGCCGGGACCGCGGUGAUCUUGACGCGGCACGUUGGCGUCAGGAUGACCUCGCCAACGGCACAAACACCGCCAGAUCGGCUUCCGCUCGCAGUUCCAGGUCUGACCUGGGUCGUAAAGAGACCAGCACUUUCUCCACUCCCAGCCCCGAAAGCACUAAAUCGGCAACCGUCCAAAGAGAGGGUUUGGCCCCAGAGCUUCAGAGAACUGCCAGUGACAAUACCACCACACUUCCGACUCGGCCUUCGCAUGAGCUGCGUCGCUUGCAUGAGACGACAGGAUCGGUAGACUCUGCCCAGUCGUUCUUGUCCUCCACGAGCGUGCAGCAUCCAAAACGGGCCGAUUCCCUGGAGAGCAGGCUGCAUCAGCCAUCGAGGAAAGAGCCCGGAACGUCUCCUCGCCCGUCCUCUGUUACCCCCAGCGACCAGUGGAGCGAGCGAUCCACUGACAGGACCGGUGUGAGCAGGAGUACACCUCGGACUGGCGACUCCACGUGGACCCCACGCAGUGAAUUGAACGAUCCGGCUAAGCCCCCCGCGCGUCCCAACUCUAUCAGCACUCUUCAACAGGUAGAAUCCUACCGCCAAACCGACGGUGCGGGUUCUCCCUCGUUGCUGCGGUACAGCGGCGGCGGUGACUUCACCAUGGACGAAGAUAUGGCCCGUAUCAUGGGCUCGGACGAUGGCAACAAUGCACAGACGAGUGAGUCUUUCCUACGACGCGUUUCGAACUCUGUUCGCCAUGGCCGCAGCUACAGCGAUAAAGGUUCUCGCCUAUCAAGGGACGCCAAAUGGCCGAAGUCGCCUAUUAACGGAUCUGCAGCGAUACCCGACCUGGCGAGCCCGUCUGUGAUUUCUCCUGAGAAUGCAGGACCCGAGGAAGUGACAUGGCUGCGUAAUGAGCUGCGCAAGGAACGGCAACGCGUGUCCGAUCGGGAACAGAAGAUCGCCGAGAUGGAGGCGAUGCUGAAUGCAAGUGCCGAUGUCAAGCAGGUUAACACUGAACUUCACGAGAAGCGCUCUACGAUGGUGGUCUUGGAUGCACAGAAGGAGAUUGCCAUGCGUGAACUCACCGUGCUGACCGAGCACCUUGAGGCUGAGAAACGUGGCAACGGUGGCUCCCUCGAUCUUGGGAAGCUGACCAACCAUGUCCUGCGGGAAUUUGUGGAAUCGAUACAGAAGCUGAAGGAUACCUUUACGCCACAGAUCGAAGAACUGGUGCAGAAACGUAACGAUGCUGCGGAGGAAUUGGCCAACCUGAACCGUAUGAAGGACAAGAGCUUCCAGGAAUUCGAGCAGUUGUCCUCCAAGAACGCUCAACUGGCAGAGCUGAACAACCAGCUGGUGCAUCAGAUCCAAGAGCUCUAUAAGGCCAACCCGACGGACGGUCGUGGGGCUAACGGUCUUGGUAUCUACUCUCAUGGCAAGGAGAAGUCCCUCUCCGCUAUUGAUGCUCUCAAGGCGGCCAACAGUGAUCUGGUUCCUACAGUAGCAACGACAAACAUCUCAGAAGAGGCUGAACCAGCUACAAUCGUUCCCGGACCUCAAGUGGUUAGCAUCAGAAAGGGACAGCCUCGCAAGUUCAACUGGAAAAAGGGCGGUCAAAACGUCGCCAAGGGUGUCACCAAGGGUCUCAAGGGUGCCUUCAUGUCGAGCGAAGCGACACCCGCUGAGGGUAACCCGGGUCUGCCACGCUCCCAGACGCAGGAUCCAAGUCGCCCCGGAUUUGGCUUCUUCGGCAACCAGCGGAGCAAACAAACAGGACUACGGAUGCCGCAAACUGACAGUGUCCCUGCUCUGGCUGAAACCCCUGCUCCUGGUGGCCUCUUCGGUACAGAUCUGGAACAACGCAUGGAGCAGGAGAAGAGCAUCAUCCCUGCCAUCAUUACUCGCUGUAUUCAGGAGGUCGAACUACGAGGUAUGGAUAUGGAAGGUAUCUACCGGAAGUCUGGCGCCAGCUCUGCAAUUCAGACUAUUCGGGAAGGCUUCGAGCGCUCUCCACAGGAUUACGAUAUUUCCGAUCCUGACCUCGAUAUUCAUGCUGUGACCUCUGCAUUGAAGCAGUACUUCCGCAAGCUGCCCAUGCCGCUCAUCACCUUUGACGUCUAUGAGAAGAUCAUCGAUUCGGGCGAGAUCACUUCUCAGCCCGCCCGGGUCGAACAUCUACAGAAGAAUCUGCGCGAGCUGCCGCGCGUUCACCAGGAUGUGCUCGAGUUCCUCGUGUUCCACUUGAAGCGCGUGGUCGAGCGCGAGAAGGAGAACCUGAUGACCAGCCAGAACAUCGCCGUGGUGUUUGCGCCAACCAUCAUGCGGCCCGAGAGUCUCGCACGUGAAAUGACUGAUGUGCAGAAGAAGAAUGAGGUCUUGAAAUUCUUGGUUGAGAACUGUCAGGAAAUCUUCAUGGGUUUGCAGGGUUAG